CACGCUAUCGCACGCAACAUUCACGCAGUGCUUUAAAGGGUGAUUUUUGAAUUUUAGUGGUCCGCACUCACGACGUUCAGUGUCAGAUUAGAAAGGUAAAAAAUCGACAAAAAAAAUAUGCGCUGGUGUUUAUUAUUGGGCCUUGUGGCCCUGACCGUAUCCACGUCCAACGAAGAACUUCACGCGGAUGGACAACAACAGGUCGAGCCUGUCUUGAACACGACCCUGUUCGCCGAGGCCCCGGUGAGUAAUCAACAGGACGAAGUGGAAGCAACGACGGAAGACGUCCUCUACGAGGAUGAUGAGUAUCUGGAUGAGGAGAGUGAAUUCCUUCCUGAUCCGGAAGCAUUGAUUGAUGAAGAAGGUGAUCAGGAAGUAGUGGUACUCGAUGCGGAGAGUCGGAUCGUAGCAGAACAACUCAUCCAGGAGCUGGAUCAGAUCAGCAACAAGUUGCAGGAUGACGAAGAAACGGUCGGCACGUCCCGUUCCAUCAGCUCGGCUGAAGUUAAGAAACUGGAAAAGCUUUUGGAUUCGGCUGGAUUAUCACCGAAUUCGCCCUUGCUUCAGAGUUUGAUGCAGCAGAGGCAAGACGCUAUCCCGUCUUCGGCUCUCGGUCCGAGUAUGGCCGGAAUGGCCGGACUCAGUAGCCUUUUAGGCGGUACAGCUCCGAUAGGUUCGGGCACGUCGGCCAGUUCCACCUCGUCCACGAUCGUACCCGGCGCUAUGACCAAGAAAAAUGUCGAAGAAAUCAAAUACGAAUUGAAACAAAUGCUCUUCGGGCCGGAGAACCCGAAUCAAAGACGUCGGCAAGGCACCAGUGGAUCUAGACGUCCCAUUAGCUAUAACCCACAAUCACCGCAUUAUUCGGAUACGGCUGCCCGGCGACCCAUUAACGGCCAUCGCUCACGACCGCAAUCGAAAUCCGGCAGCAAGAAUAAGCGCACACGGCGUCCCGGUGCCAAUCGAAAAGUGCAAAACCGCCAGCAAACAUCUGGCGGCCUGCACAAUACGGCACAGCGUCCCAUACCGCUCUUCUUGCGGCCGCCCCGUCCAUCACGACCGGGUCUUGCGGCUGUCCAGGCUAAAACGGUACCGACAACAGUUGGAGGCCGGCCUAUUCACAACGAGAUCGCCCGUCAACCCAUCAACGAAUUCCGACCACCUGCCUCCGAUUUCCGUCUGCCCGAGCCGCCAUUCCGGCAGGAACUCGCCUUCGCACCGCCAUCACGAGGCGGCAAUAACGGACCUGGGCGAGGUCAAGUUACACCACCGGUUCAAUCACGUGAGCAGCUCAAUAGAAAUCCGCCUCUUCCACGACCGACGGAAGAACAAUUCCGCCCGUCGUUAUUGGGCCGUCCUAAUAAUAAUCAACAAUCGCCACCGAUACAAUUCGUUCAACCGCCGCCAGUUCAUAAUCGGCCGGCUCCCAAACAGCCGCCACCACCGCAGCAAAGGCCACCGAUCGCUACCAGCGCUGGACUGCCGAUAAGGCCGUCGCUGGGACGACCCAUCACUUCACCCAAUCCGGCCACGGCUAAUUUCAAUCCGGCACCGGCCAAUUUCCCUCCCGUCUCAUCGACGGUGUCAUUGACCAACGCCCAACGUCCCAAAAUCAUCCAACCGGAUUGCGAUCUCUUCUCGGAGGGCAUUUGCCUAGACGUCCGCAAUUAUCCAUCGGAAUUGAUCGCCAGUUAUUUGAACCGUAACAAGCCAGCACUGGAGAACAUGUUGGCGGAAGUAAGAAGCCAGAGCGCGGAUGAUUUGGUGGACGGGAUCACGUCAUCCGAGGAGAGACGCUACUCUUACAACCAUUAUUACGGAAGCAGGAGGCAGGGAGAAGACAAUCACGCUCAUCGUGAUUUUGCAGAGGAAGGAGGCUUCCUUUGCCCGUCGGAAGUCAAGUACGCGCGACCUCAAUUGGCUCAAACGAGCCGUGGCGUUUGGAAGUACAUCAUCAACAUGCCGGAACAUACGCAAACCAUUCGAAUGGAGCGCUGCCUGAAACCUGCGAGUGGCUGCAGUUACGUAUCACCUCAUUACAAAUCGCAUUGUAUUCAAGUUUACAAUUACCACCGACUUUUAUCGUUUGAAGAACCUAAAGGAAUGCACGUCGAUAUUUAUAAAAUUCCGGUUGGAUGCAGUUGCCACGUACAAGGCUAUGCUUACCUCUACCCUCCGCUGGACGGAAAGGUAGCUGGACAUGUUAUACCGCCAGCAUUCCCGACUGAUAAUGGCAACGUCAUCGGUCCCAACCGGAAGACAUCCGCACCUGGUCCGGCCGAAGAUCGGCCUCAAGUUCCUGUUCAGAAACACGAAGUCCGCGUGAGACCCGAGAGUCGUGAACGACCAGAGCCUCCGCGACCUGAAAGGCCCGACAUUCGUGAACGACCUGAAAGUCGUGAACGGCCGGAAUAUCGGGACAGACCGGAAGAUCGUGAACGGCCUGAAAAUCAAGAGAAUUUCAGCAUUCCAACCGGUUUGAAAGAUUUCUCUUCGUUCAUGGACGAACAGUUCAGCGGACACUUUGGUCCGUUCGGCGCUGGAGGCUUCGGUACCAAACAGGCCAAUAGGCGUGAGGAUGGAUACGAUUCAGCCGACGACAGGAUCGAUCAGCAUCCGAUGGAAUCUAAUCUGGAAGGUAGUUCCAGAAGACGGCCAGUGGGGGCCCAAUCGAAAACGAAUUACGACUACCAUCCCAUCAUCGAUUUCUUCCACGACAAGCCCUAGUCGCGGCGUUUCAAAUUUCGGGACAAGGGGGAAGGGAAUGAUCCAACUCAUUUAAUUAAUUACAUUUUUUUUUUUCAAAUUCAUCACGGAUAAUCGCGCAAGUUAACGAUAUUUCUUGGUGUAAUGCCCCGCCCAGUUUGCUGGGCAGGAUCCCAACUAUCCAUUCAUCUUCGCUGGGCGAAAUGAUGAUUAUUAUGUUAUACACCAAUCAAAGAGAACGCAGACGUUUGAAAUGUGGCCGUCGUAAAACGGGAUCGCCCUUGGAAACGUUAUGCGUUCAACUGCGUCCGGAAAUCAUUUAUCGUUUUUUUUUCAAUGCUGUCACGUUAUACGGUGUGUGUAGACAGCAUUUCUUUUACAUCUUUCUCGCUCAUAUUAUUAUUACAUCCGCUGCUCUCUCUUGCUCUCACCUUUAAAUCGAAAGAAAAAAGAAACCUUAAAUCAUUAAAGACAGUUAACAGACGAAUUCGACCGUGC